GUUGUGGCAGGGGGUCUGAGGAGGGAGGAUGCCUGGAGGGGAGGGCCGGGGCGAGGGCAUCCUCCCUGGAAGCUCCAUCCUUUGGCGCCUCCUCUUGGGGCAGGGAUGCGGAGCCUCCAGUGAAGGAGGCAGGCAGCAGGGCCAGGAGACAAAGGGGGCUGCUGCUGCUGGAGAGGCGAGGGAGGAGGUGUCCAGGCGAGGGAGGGCAGGGCCUGGGCCAGAGACCCCCAGCAGCCCUCGCCCUCCUCCUCUUCCUCCUGCUCCCUUCAGCCGCAGCCUGCCUUGGGAGGAGGCCAUGGGGAACAGCUUCUCCAGCAUCCCAGCCCUGCCCCGGGCCAACUCCAGCCGCUUCCACAGGGGCCACCAGCAGCACCUCAAAGACUCCAUAGGUGGACCAUUUCCUGCCUCCUCUCACCGAUGUCACCACAAACAGAAGCACUGCCUGCCCAUCCCACAGUGUGGAGCACUCUCAAUCAGCCCGCUGCUUUUCCACCCCCACACCAAGGGCUCACAGAUCAUCAUGGACACUACACAGAAGGCGGUCAAGCGCCAAGCUUCCUUCUGCAAUGCAAUCACGUUCAGCAACAGACCCAUUGUUAUCUAUGAGCAAGUCAGGCUCAAGAUCACAAAGAAGCAGUGCUGUUGGAGUGGGGCUCUUCGACUUGGAUUUACCUCCAAGGAUCCCUCUAGGAUUAACCCGGAAACCCUGCCCAAGUAUGCCUGUCCAGACCUGGUUUCUCAGAGUGGAUUCUGGGCCAAGGCUCUCCCAGAAGAAUUUGCAAAUGAAGGAAAUAUCAUAGCAUUCUGGGUGGACAAAAAGGGACGUGUAUUUUAUCGGGUUAAUGACUCCGCUGCCAUGUUGUUCUUCAGUGGGGUAAGAACCACCGAACCACUGUGGGCUUUGAUUGAUGUGUAUGGACUCACACGUGGAGUGCAGUUACUAGAUAGUGAAAUUAUCCCUCCUGAUUGUCUCCGUCCAAGAUCCUUCACAGCUAUCCGUCGGCCUUCAUUGCGCAGAGAAACUGAGGACACCCGUCUUUCUGUGAGCCUUUGUGAUCUCAACCUCCAGGAGGAGAACUUCCAUGUCAUGGCUGCCAUGUGUCCUAUCCCACAGAACUCCCUCAACUCUCAACAUUCCCACCUCCUCCCAUCCCAGCUUGAAAGUGACCUCCGCUUUCAUCAGCUCAGGGGAGCCCAUAUUAAAAUCCUGGAUGACCAGACUGUGGCCCGUUUGGAGCAUGCUCGCGAAGAGAGAACUUUGGUCUUCACCAGCAGGCCCCUUAGAAUCAACGAGACAAUAUUUGUCAAAAUUAAUAAAUCAAACACCUCACGUACUGGAACGCUCUCUUAUGGGGUGACCACUUGUGAUCCUAGCACUCUGAGGCCCAGUGAUCUUCCAUAUAAUCCUGAGUCUUUGGUCGAUCGAAAAGAGUUCUGGGCUGUUUGUAGAGUGUUGGUGCCUCUGCAGAGUGGAGACAUUUUGGGAUUCAUGGUGAAUUCAGAAGGGGAACUGCAUUUGAGCCACAAUGGGGCAAAUGCUGGCAUGCAGGUGUGUGUGGACUGUUCCCAGCCACUGUGGAUGUUCUUCGGUUUACAUGGAGCAGUGAUGCAAAUACGUGUCCUGGGUUCUACUCUCAUGGCUGAGCGAUUGGGCCCAUCUGCACCAAGUUCACCAACUUCAUCUCCAAAUUCACCCUCCGUCCUCUGCAGUGGUGUUUCUGAUCCUGUUUUGAGCACAUGUGGUUCUGGUCCACUUGGUAGCUCAGUUAGUGGCACAGCUCCAAACUCUCCAGUAAGCAUGCCAGAAUCCCCUCUUUCCCCUUCCAUCUCAGGGUCCUGGAAUGAUGAAUGCACCAUCUGCUAUGAGAACAUGGUGGACACCGUGAUUUACUCCUGUGGACAUAUGUGUUUGUGCUACACAUGUGGGCUCAAACUCAAGAAGAUGGCCAAUGCCUGUUGCCCUAUCUGUAGACGUGCCAUCAAGGACAUCAUCAAGACCUAUCGCAGCACUUAGAGCAAUUUGACAAACAGGGCAGGGAUUGGGGAGAUGAUCCUGAUGAAAGUGAACCAGACCAGAUGGGAAGGGGUUGCUUUAGUUACCAGUUUCCCAUCCUUGCACAUGUAGCUAAUUCUGAAUGUUGCUACCUGUGGGUAAACCCCAGAAAUAUGAGGGCUAAAGAUUUUUUCCUUCCUGGGCAUCUAGCAAGGAGUACUGCCAACACUUAGCUAUGCAGCCAGCUAUGCAGGGUUGGCUCUUGUGCUCUCCUUUCUGGGUUUCCCCUUCCUGUAAUUUCUCUGCCCUUUUGUCCCAUUGUGAUGCUGCAAAGAUCAAAAGAGGAACGGAUCCUCUUUUGUCAUUAAAUGUAUGAAUGAAUUCAAAAUUUGGGAACCCACUAGAGCAGAGAAAGAACAAGACAUUUGAGUACUGAAACCACCUUGGGGGAAGCACCGAGUCCCUUGUGUAAUAUUUCCUCCAAAAUUUCCAGUCAGCUGGACUGGAAAGAACUGUCAGUGACAGCUGUCACAAAGGCACACCUGUGGCAACUGGAUCUUCUCCUUCACCCCACCCCCAGUGCUAUCUGGCAUAUACUGCUGCUAAGGAAGGCAGUCUUUGGGUGUUUUUUCUCUGUUGUGUGCUGCAUAAAGGAGGCCCACUUUUAAUUGACGAUGUUCAAAUUUUGCUUUUCACAAAUACUCUCUUCCUUCUGUGCCAGAAGAUGUUGUUCCUUUUGGUACCACACAACAUUGUCUCCUUCAUCAAUGUUUCCUCCUUUGCUUUCUCAAGCCCUCUGUAUUUUUUAAAAAAGUUUUGCUCCAGAAAGUUGUUUUCAAUGGCCAUCAUAAAAUGAUGGCGCACAUUAUCAAAGCCAUUAGAAGGAAGGCCAUUCGACAUCUGUCCCAUCUCGGAAGGAAAGGAAUAUCACCAAUAAUUUAAGUAUCCUUGGUCAAACUGAAUGUAAAACAUAGUACUGGGUCUACUUUGUUAAGAAGAAACAUCAGAAUCAUAAGAAGUUUAUCUUUCAACAAAAAUGGUUUAAUGAAGGUUUUUAGAAGCACUCUUCUUCCCAUCAUGUGAAGAACAAUGCUCUUGGCUUCACUUGCUCCUACCACUGUGAAUAUGCUUGGUGCAACUGAAUUUUUGGCAUUUCCCUCAGUGUCUUGCUACAGCUGGUUAUCCUGUUAAUGGACAAGCACAAGGCCUCAUUUGACAAUGGCCCCCAGCACUGAUCCAUUUGAUAAACCAUAAAACAAAUAAGAAACUCUGGCCAUAUAAUUUCUUAGAUCCAAAUGGACUAAUGACUUCUAGUAGCCCACACAUUACCAGAGUUGGGGGAAGCCCCAUAUCCCAGUUCUAAAUCUUAGCUCCCAGCUGUGGAUGCCAUAAUGUUAAGUAGGGAACAGGUGGAUUAAAAUUAGGGACCAUGAGGGGAACAGAAGAUUACUGGAGGUGAGACUUAUUUCCCUCUUCGCCAAAAGUGUUUCCAUCAAGUAUGGGGUGGAUUUUCUCCUCACCAAAGAUAUGUUGUGCUAAUAUAUAGUACUGAAAUUUCAGUGUGAUAGCCUAUAUCAGGAAGAGAAGGUAGAAAUCUUCUGUUUGUAGCUGACAAGGGGAGGAUAAAAUAUAUGUCCAAGUGCCCCCAAAGUACACAGCACCUGCCAUGAAGGAAAAGGCAAAUCUUUCUUUUACAGUACAGUCAUUCAAGUGAAAACCUUGGGUUGGACCCUCUGUCCAACCAUAUGAACUGUUUCACCCUGUGCUAGACCCAUUCCAGCUCAUUGUUUACAGGGAUCAGCAUUGUAUGUGCUGCUGAGCUUCAAGUUUGACAUGUCUUACUCCUCAAAGUGUCAUUCCAAAAAAAGGUGCUCUCAAUCUUCUUUAGGGGCUCUGAUACUGCUUGGAUCCUAGCCUUUGGUUCCAUGGUCCAGACACAGUUGUUCAUGGUACCCAAGAUUGGCUGCGUCUAGUGGCUACCUUACUCUGCCUCAUGAUUCAGCUGGCCCUGCUGGUUGGGCCUCUGCCUAUGAUCAUCUGAAUAUGGAGUGUUUUAAUAGAAUAAAAUUGCUGUUUGGGCUCAGCAGCUCAUCCUGAAUUGGGCUCAAAUAGCUGAAUCCAGUUCAGGUGUUGGGAAACCAUGGAAAAGGCUAGUUUGAAUGUUUGAAUAACCAGUUUUUCCCAAGCUGGGAGUUGGCAAACACUAUGCCUGUAGGAGAUCCCUUUUGAGGUAAGAGACGUUGUGAUUCCUGGUAGACUAAAUACUAGCAGUUAAGGAAAAGCCUUAGAAAGGGGAGGAGAGUGUUUAUAACAAACCAUUGUUUGACACGAACCACUGACUGGGGUGGUUAAAAAUCUAAAAUGCUUCAGUUCUCAAGUGUUUGCGCACUUCAAUUUUGCUACAUUACAUCUACCCUUUAAAAACAAAUCAGCAUCUCAUCUUCACUGUAUCUUGGUUUGGUUUUCUACCUCAGUGGCAUGAGGUGGUUGCUCAUUGCCUGUUAGUUGAUGCUAGGUAAUUUUUGCAGCCCAGUCUCUAAUAAUCUCCCCCUUUCAUUUAGUGGUAACGUGCAUUUGGAAAUCUUCAUAGUUAAGCUCCAAAUCUACUACUUAAGAGGACCAGAUGGAGAGAGCAACCAUCCAAUUUGUCUUUAUUUUUGACAAUCUGGGCAUUCAAAUCUACUUUAAAUUUGUACUACUUCAGGAACCUCUGCCUCCUUUAUGUUCUAAGACCAGUAGAACCAGUAUUGAUCCAGACUGAAGUCUGAAUAGGUUUUUAAAACAGACAAAAAUACUGUGUUUAUCACAUCAGUUCCUGGGCAAGUAAUCUGAGGAUCACAUCUAGCCUGACAUCCUGCAUCAAGCAAGAAGAGCAUAACAUGCAGUUGCAUGUUGUCUCAUGCCCCAGCAUUUGUCAAGCCCUAGACAGUGCUCCUGCUGCUUACUGAUGGAAAAGAGAGAGAGGGAGAGGCAGAUCAAAUGGUGAAGAAAUGGCAGGUCUCUGCUUGGAGAGUGAAAGGAGUGUGUGCUCACACAAAGCAUGCACAUUCUUUUUCUUCCCCUUGGAGCCCAAACCACCUAUAUCACAAUCUGAUGUGCUGAUAUACUGUAUUACUAAGGAGCAGCAGCCACUGACUUGAUAGCUGCCAGAAGCAGGUGGUUUUGGACAGUGUGCAUAGAGCUAAGAAUAGCUCCCUGCACCUCAAAAAGAGACAUAUGCACAUGUAUACCACUAACCAGAUGCUGGCCCUAGAUGACCUUUAGCCAUCAAUGGAAUAAAUGAGAGAAUUAUCUUAGGCUGCAAUCCUGUGCCCACUAACAUGGGAAUAAAUUUCAUGCCAGCCAAUGGAACUUACUAGAUCUGCAAAUGAUGGAAUGUGCAUUCACUUCCUCCUACCAAGCAAUUUCUCCAUGUAAGUGGAUAGGGCUGUCCGCAGGUAUUGGUGUUGCACAUGGGUCAGCAUGUUGGCAUAUAGGGAACAACAGAUACAGCCAUACUCACAAGCCAACUACUUCAAGUUUAUUAACCUUCUGAAGACAGAAAAUAUUACUAUUUAUUUGUAAUAUUUUGAUUGUAGCAUAUUCAUAGUUGGAAAGGAUGGGAAAGAUGCAAUUUUUAUAAUAUCCAGACAGCAGAACUAGGGAUGGAAAUUAAAGUACUGUAGGAACAAGAACAUAAAUGUUGUCAGUCAGUAUUUACAUUUCUCUAGAAUGUAUUUUAAUAUGGGAAUGUGCUUGUGGGUGCUUCUUUCCAGGGCUUCAGCAUUUUGGACUUUAUGCCAUAGGCACUAGUAAUCUGAGCCUGUUUUAGAAUGAUGACUUUCAUACUUAAAAUGUUUAUAGUUGAUGCUGCUGUUGUGCAUGGGGAAAUUGGCUCUAGAAAAGGCACUUUCUGCAUUUCUUGUUAGUAUCCCUUUUGGCAUCAUCCCUGCAGGGGGCAUGCUCCCUUUGUUUUAUGUUCAAUUGUGGCUUAAGUAACACCACAGCUAUAUAUUUUUUAAAAACCCAGGGUUUCGUAGGGAGGGCAGGGUGGCAUUUAAGUUUCAUGUUCAUUUUCAUGUUAAAAUCUGUUUUGUUUUGUUUUCCAUUUGUUUGCAUUGCAUUUGUUCAUCCCCCCCACUCCCUGCACACCCCCACCCAAGUAUUCUUCUGCUUUCUGUAACAUAAUGUUUUCCAUCUGAAGUAUUCCAAGGGGCAUCAGACCUAACAAUCAUCUGAGUUUUAGGACAAAGGCCUUAUUGGGAAAGGUACACGUUUGUAAAGCACAAAGACUGACUGCUAUGACUGCAUCUGCACUACAGAAAUAAUCCAGUUCGACAUAACAUUAACUGCCAUGGCUCAGUGCUAUGGAAUCCUGGGAACUGUAGCUCUUUGACAGAGAAGGCUAAAUGUUUCACAAAGCUUCAGUUCCCAGAAUUCCAUAGCACUGAGCCAUGACAGUUAAUAUGGUAUCAAUGGAUUAUUUCUGCAGUGAGGAGCCACCUAUUUUAGCUUAAUAGGGCUUUCUGUUCCAUGAGCUCGCUCUCUCCUCCUACUCUGUGGCUCUUCUGUGAGAUGGUCAUAGAGGUCUAGCCGGUUUUUGUCAAUGCAAAACAAUGCCUUCAAUGCAAAGCAUUUUAAAAUGAAUGAUUUAAUGAAUAAAUGACUUUGUUUCAUUUUCAUUCAUUUCCCUUUCCACUGAAUGAACAAUUGGGGACUCGUUUCACAUUAAAACCCGUUAGGCUAAUAAUUCUUGAUUACAUGGGUCCAAUCCUCAAAUACAGGCUUACAAAGGUGGAGUACAUUCAGAUAGCAUUUAAGCAUUGAGUCAUAAACUAUAGGUGGAAAGUGGGCCUGGAUUCCUUGAAAGGGUGCCAAAGCUGCGGCAGCGUGGCUACAAGGCACUCCUUUGGUACUGCAUUGUAUGGAAGCAGCACCAGAGGAGCAUCAUGACACUGCACACUAUGUGGAGCGGUGUGUGGUGUCAUGGUGCCCUGGGGUAGAGUCGGGUGUGCCAUCUUUCUGGCCGGUCUGUAAAGGGCCUAGGUAACCUUUUCUGACCUAACUCCUCCCCCAACCUGAUGGGAACAUCUUUUACCUGCACUCUGCAGAAUGGGCCUCCUCCCCAUGAAGCUGAUGCCCAGAAAAGUAGGUCUUGGAGGUAGUUACUGUCAUGGAAAUAUUGUCAUAAUCAUGACUAAGUAGCUAUCCUGAAUACUAAAGAGUUAUGGAUUAUUUGGGAAAAUUGAAAGAGAUCACAAGGGUCAUGCAGUCCAAUCCCCUGCAAUGUAGGAAUAUUUAAUCAAAGCACCCCUGACA